CUCUCUCUCCGACUUGAUUAUAAUCUCUGCUAGUUGGGUCCAGUGAUUGUCCAUUAUAAAAUAUUAAUUGUUGUUUCACUAAUUUCUACUAGUACUAGAUCAUCGGAUUCCAAACUCUCUCUCGCUCUCUCUCUCUCUCUCUCUCUGCUAUACGGUACCCAUCAUGGUCAAGUGUAUUAGCCUGACGACCUUGCAAGAUUGGUUGUACAGGUACUCCUUCGGCAACGCCGGUCUCCAAUCCACCACCACCGAUCUCGGCGACGGCACCCUCAUACAUUUCUGGCACCCCAAAUCCCACAAACCAAACAAACCCACCCUCCUCCUCAUCCACGGCAUCGGCGCCAACGCAAUGUGGCAAUGGAACGAAUUCAUCUCCCCUCUCUGCUCCAAAUUCAACGUCUACGUUCCCGAUUUGGUCUUCUUCGGCGAUUCCUACACCUCCCGACCCGAUCGCACCGAGUCCUUCCAGGCCCAGUGCGUGAUGAGGGCCAUGGAGGCUCACGGCGUGCGGCGCCGGAUCCAUGUGGUGGGGCUGAGCUACGGCGGUUUUGUUGCCUAUAGCUUGGCGGCGCAGUUCCCCGACGCGGUGGAGCGGGUGGUGAUUGUGGCGGCGGGGGUGUGUAUGGAGGAGAUGGAUGUGGAUGAGGGUUUGUUUACGGUGAGGAGUGUGGAUGAGGCCACUGCUAUAUUGCUGCCGCAGACGCCGGAGAAGUUGAGGGAGUUGGUCAGGUUGUCGUUCUAUAGACCCGCCAAGUUCUUGCCGUCUUGCUUCCUCACUGAUUUCAUUGAUGUGAUGUGUACAGAAUACCUUCAAGAAAGAAAAGAAUUGAUCCAAGCAUUGCACAAGGAUAGAAAACUCUCUAAUCUUCCCAAGAUAACUCAGCCCACGUUAAUAGUCUGGGGAGAUCAAGAUCAGAUAUUCCCACUGGAGUUGGCGCACAGAUUAAAAAGGCAUCUGGGUGAGAAUGCACAACUAGUGACUAUAGAGAAUGCAGGUCAUGCAAUCAAUGUAGAGAAGUCGAAAGAGAUGUUCAAACAUUUGAAGUCAUUCCUUGUCGAUCCUCUUCCUCCUAAACUCGAAAUGGCAACAACGGCAAGACAGACUAAAGAUGAUUAAGGAAAAAAAGGAAUUCAAAUCAGGAGCUGUUCUAACCAUCCUUAUGUGGGUUAUAUACCUAGUGUUUCGGACAAGACAAGUGAUUUGGAGGUUCGAAAGUUUUCAUUAUAGAUUUUUAAAAAGAUAUGUAUUUUAUGCAAUAACGUGCAUAUAAAAUGAGUCUCAUUGGAUCUGUGCAAGCAUGGUAAAUUACGAACUUGAAUUUAGGUUUGAUGACUAUUGCGGAGGCUCUUUAACUAUUUUAUGUUUUUUUAAACAUAUUUAAGAAGUAGAGGGUUAUUGAACUAAUGUUCUAAAUUACGUGAAAACGUGGUUGCUGAACACAUUUUUUUGGAAGCGUGUUUAGUAAUCACACUUUCUAAUUUGCUAUUUA